AAAAAAGAAAAAGAAAAUUGGAACCGCCAUUUUUAAAGAAAAUAUUCUCUCUCUUUUUCUCUCUGGGUGAUUUUGUUAUCCAUUUCUUUUGCUUUUUUGUUCUGGCUAAGCUUUUACUAGCAGCAUUACCAAACCUCUCUUCGAAUCCAAGUUUUUAGUCUACGUCUGUGGGGUGUCUUUCAGCUUCCAAAUUUUGCUUCAGUUUCCACACUGGCCACUGAUUUGUGUUGGACUUUUUAGUGGGUAGUUGCCAAAGCCUUGGAUUUGGAACUCAGUGGUAUUUGUUUCAACAAUUUAACAUAUUUUUCAUCUCUGGGUAGCAUUUCUUUUUCUUCUUUGUUGGUUAAGCCAACCCCAUUGUAGUUAGUAGAAGGAGAUUUACAGUAUUAGUAGGAUCUUGAACUUGGUGCAGGCUUUAUUCUCUCACAAAGUCCCGAGCUUUAGGCCAUUGGGUUUCUUUUUCCUUUUCCUUUUGCUUGGGUUUUCUUCUCUUUGGGUGAUGCGUAGAUGAGUUCUUCUUGGUUCUGUUUGUGUUGAGAAAACUGAGAGAAAAAUGAGAACAUUUGCCUCGUUUCAGCUUCUGUGCUUGGUAUCUGGGGUUCUUUUUGUGGCUUGUGAAUCAUUUGCAUCAAAAGAAGUUUGGGCCCUUACAACGUUUAAGGAAGCUAUAUACGAAGACCCACAUCUAGUUUUGUCCAAUUGGAAUUCCUUGGAUGGGGAUCCUUGUGGAUGGACCGGCAUUACAUGUUCUCUGUCUCGAGACCAUGUUCUAAAGAUUAACAUUUCGGGUUCAUCAAUAAGGGGAUUUCUUGUACCAGACUUGGGUCAACUCAGCUUCUUGCAAGAACUAAUUUUGCAUGGGAACAAGCUGCUUGGGAUAAUACCUAAAGAGCUGGGCUUGUUAAAAUACCUCAGGAUCUUGGAUUUGGGGAUGAAUGAACUCACUGGUCCAAUUCCUCCAGAGCUUGGGAACUUAACCAGUGUUGUGAAAAUAAAUCUUCAGUCAAAUGGGUUGUCCGGUAGGCUACCUCCUGAACUUGGCAAUUUGGCAUACCUUGAGGAACUUCAUUUGGAUAGGAAUAAGCUUCGAGGAACUCUUCCUGCCAAUAGCUAUACAAAAUUACCUUCUAACCUCCAUGGAAUGUACGCCUCAAACUCAAACUUAACGGGCCUUUGUCGAUCAUCUCAGUUAAAAGUUGCAGAUUUCUCAUUCAACUUCUUUGUUGGUAACAUACCUAAGUGCUUGGAGUAUCUUCCCAGGUCAAGUUUUCAAGGAAAUUGUCUCCAAAAAGAGGAUCCCAAACAGCGUCCUGUAGAACUAUGUGCUGGUGCGCCACCCUCUAAAGGACAUCCAGGAGUUAACCCUAAGAACAAACCUGCUAAAGAUGUCCCCAAACACCAGGAGACUUCAAAACCUGCCUGGCUGUUGGCUCUGGAAAUAGUGACUGGAACCAUGGUCUGUUCUCUCUUUCUUGUUGCUGUUUUCACUGCUCUUCAGAGAUGCAAUAGCAAAUCUUCUAUCAUAAUUCCUUGGAAGAAAUCAGCAAGUGAAAAAGAUCAUAUUGCAGUCUACAUAGAUUCCGAGAUGUUGAAAGAUGUUGUCAGAUUCAACAGACAAGAGCUUGAGGUAGCCUGUGAAGACUUUAGCAACAUUAUUGGCUCCUCACCUGAUAGUUUGGUUUACAAAGGCACGAUGAAAGGUGGGCCUGAGAUUGCUGUGAUAUCCCUUUGCAUUAAGGAGGAGCAUUGGACGGGCUAUCUUGAACUCUAUUUUCAGAGAGAGGUGACAGAUUUGGCAAGAAUAAAUCACGAGAACGCAGCAAAAUUACUGGGGUAUUGUAGUGAGAGCACCCCAUUUACGAGGAUGCUGGUUUUUGAAUAUGCUUCAAAUGGGACACUGUAUGAGCACCUCCAUUAUGGAGAAGGAUGCCAGUUAAGUUGGACACGGCGCAUGAAAAUUGUUAUAGGAAUUGCACGGGGACUUAAGUAUUUUCACACAGAGCUUGAGCCACCAUUUACCAUAUCCGAGUUAAAUUCUAGUGCUGUAUAUCUUACAGAAGAUUUUUUACCCAAGCUGGUAGAUUUUGAGAGUUGGAAGACAAUUCUGGCGAGGUCAGAAAAGAACUCGGGCUCUAUUAGCAGCCAAGGUGCUAUUUGUGUUCUUCCAAAUUCUAUGGAAGCACGCCACCUGGAUGUUAAAGGCAAUGUUUAUGCUUUUGGCAUACUUUUGCUCGAAAUAAUCAGUGGUAGGCCUCCCUACUGCAAGGACAAAGGGUGCUUGAUAGAAUGGGCCAAAGACUAUCUUGAGUUGCCAGAUGUGAUGCCUUAUGUGGUGGAUCCUGAACUGAAACAUUUCAGUUACGACGACCUCAAAGUUUUGUGUGAUGUGGUGAAUCUUUGCACCCAUCCAGAGCCCACGAAGCGGCCUUCCAUGCAGGAAAUAUGCACCAUGUUGGAGAGCAGAAUCGACACAUCGGUGUCUAUUGAGCUCAAGGCAUCUUCUUUGGCAUGGGCCGAGCUUGCACUUUCAUCAUAAAUGAGUAAAAUUAACACACUGUAAAGAAGAAAUAUACAACUGUAAUACUCUGCCUUUGACUUACUUUUUGUUCCUUGUAAAUGUUUGUAAUUGGAGAGGAGGGAACUUAAGGAUUCAUGCAGGACAAUAUCUCUUUGUAUCCCUGAGGUUACAGUAAACUAAGUUGCUAAUCAAGUAUGUUCCAUGAUUUUGUUGCU